AUUUCCAGUGGGUUCAGGGCGAUGUGUGUGAGGUGCAGUUAAUGGUCUACAAUCCAAUGCCGUUUGAACUGCGGGUCGAGAAUAUGGGUCUGUUGACGUCCGGUGUGGAUUUCGAGUCUCUUCCUGCCGCUCUAUCUUUACCAGCGGAGUCUGGUCUUUAUCCGGUUACUCUGGUUGGAGUUCCUCGCACUGCAGGCAACAUCACAGUCAACGGGUAUCACACGUCUGUGUUCGGGGUGAGCAGUGACUGUCUUCUGGAGGGUCUGAUGGGGGUGAAGAGCAGCGGGUGUAUGGUGGAGGUGGUCCCGUCCCUGCCUCGACUGCAGCUCAGCACGUCUUUACCCAGGUCAGCUCAUCUGUCCACUGAAGACCUGUCUACCAGUGUGUCCCUGCAGCUGUUUAAUGGCGAGACUCAACAGUUGACCAUCACUCUGGAGAACAUCGGCUCAGAGACGCUGAACACGCUGGAGCUGACGUCCAAAACUCUCAGCACUAAAGGUACUGACCGGGUGGAGCAGCUUCAGUGGAUGACCAUAUGA